GUACUCCACUUCGUUUCACUAUAAAGAAGCAAAUAAUCUGAGAGAUCACGCAGUUUCACAGCGAUGGACUCUAUAUGGCUUAAGACGAAGACUUUCUUAGCCGAGGAAGCAGCGAGAAGAUCCGAAACCCUAACAAUUUCAUCGGCCAAGAUCGCCGACAUUGUCUCCGAAACCGCGAAGAAAUCCAAGGAGUUUGCCGUCGAGGCCUCGAAGAAAGCCGACGAGUUUAAGACUGUCGCUCUCCGGCAAGCUGAUCAGCACUUGAAGUCCGUGGCCGAUCAAAUUCCUUCUAUAUCACUCGGUGAUAACUCUAAUUCGCCAUCGGAGUCGGAGCUCGAGACGUUCGGCAUUACUGAUGAUCUAAGACAGUUCGCCAGAGGAUUCUCCGUAACUACGUUCGAAAGUUUUUCUAUUCAAGAUGAUUCACCGACGACUGAUGUGCCUACGGUCUUAAACGUCCGGCAAGAUCUCACAGAGUGGCAGCAGAAACAUGCCGUUCUGGUUCUCACUACUGUCAAGGAAAUUUCAAGGUUAAGAUAUGAAUUAUGCCCCCGCCACAUGAAAGAUAGGAUAUUCUGGAGGAUUUAUUUCACACUUGUGAGCAGUCAUGUGGCUUUGUAUGAAAAGAAGUACAUGGAGGAGGUUAAACAGAAAGAAGCAGAGCGAAUGAUAGACUAUAAAGACAAGCAAACUCAGCUGGCAGGAGAGACUAAUAAAUCAGAAGCAGUGAGAACAAAACUGCAAAGUAAGACCUCAACAUCAUCAUCAGCAGCGCAGGACUUGGAUAUAUUUCUUUUGGGAGAUCUUGAUGAUAGUGAUGGGAGUCCAGAUGUGGACGAUGAGGCUUUUGAUGAUGAUUUUGACAAGAUUGACAAAUUGGAAGUCGAAGAAGAUGAGAAGUAGUUGAGGAUGAAGAUUGCUAAUCGAAGAGGUCAAGGGGAAACGCUGAAGUUUGUGUAAUUGUUUAAUAUCUCAGGGUUAGAUGGUUGCCUUGUGUGAGGUUUGAGAUAGUGGGUACUGGUCGUUUGGUGUAGGUCAUUCAUGUUCAUUCAAUUAUUAGUAUCUUUAGCAAUAAUAGACUCUCUUGCACAUUAGUCGAAUAUUUGCCAUUGUACAGUUUAAUUGAUUGUUACAAUUGCAACCUCUAUGAGUUUUAUCAAACUAUAGGACUUUUAUAUGUGUCUUUAUUGUAAAAGCCUUGAAACACAAGACUAUAUAUGC